UAUUGAUUGACGUCUCUGUGUGGCGCCUCCAUUGAAUCAGUCCUUUACGUAUAACAUAUUAUGGUGAAUCUAAGUCUUUUGUCGCGCUCUCUUAGUAAAAUUCCUAGACUAAGCAAUUCGUUAAACACAUGCCUGGGAUCAAGGUGUAGGAAUUUGAGUCAUUCAAGUGGAUACACCAUCAUUGACCAUUCAUUCGAUGCGGUUGUUGUUGGUGCAGGCGGUGCAGGUCUACGUGCAGGGUUCGGUCUUGCUAAUGAAGGAUUUAAGACUGCGAUUAUUACGAAGUUAUUCCCUACUAGGUCGCACACUGUCGCUGCACAGGGUGGCAUAAAUGCAGCUCUUGGCAAUAUGGAAUCUGAUGACUGGCGUUACCACAUGUACGAUACUGUUAAAGGCUCUGAUUGGCUGGGCGAUCAAGAUGCCAUUCAAUAUAUGUGUGAGGAAGCUCCAAAAGCGGUUAUUGAAUUGGAAAACUAUGGAGUGCCGUUCAGUCGUCUGGAGAAUGGUAAAAUUUAUCAGCGGGCUUUUGGUGGACAAAGCAUAGACUAUGGACGUGGUGGUCAGGCUCAUAGGUGUUGUGCAGUUGCAGAUCGCACUGGGCACUCACUGUUGCACACAUUGUAUGGCCGGUCGCUACGCUACGAUGCUAGUUACUUUAUUGAAUAUUUUGUCUUGGAUUUGUUGAUGGAAAACGGUGAAUGCCGUGGUGUUAUUGCUGUAUGCUUAGAAGAUGGAACGUUACAUCGUUUCCGUGCAAGGAACACCGUUCUUGCUACAGGGGGGUACGGUCGCACCUACUUUUCAUGUACAUCAGCUCAUACAUGCACCGGUGAUGGGACUGCUAUGAUUACAAGAGCUGGUUUGCCCAAUCAAGAUAUGGAGUUCGUCCAGUUCCAUCCUACAGGUAUUUACGGUGCUGGGUGCUUGAUUACUGAGGGAUGUCGUGGUGAAGGUGGAUAUCUUAUAAAUAGCAAAGGCGAACGAUUCAUGGAAAGAUAUGCUCCUAACGCCAAAGACUUAGCUUCUCGUGAUGUCGUUUCAAGAGCCAUGACAAUUGAAAUUCGGGAAGGACGUGGUGUUGGCCCUAGGAAUGACCAUAUAUAUUUGCAGCUUUCCCAUCUUCCGGCAGAGCAACUUCACAGCCGAUUGCCUGGGAUAUCAGAGACGGCAAAGAUAUUUGCUGGCGUUGAUGUAACAAGAGAUCCUAUUCCUGUCUUACCAACUGUUCACUAUAAUAUGGGAGGAAUCCCAACGAAUUACAAAGGACAGGUGUUGACGUAUGAUCCUGUUGCUAAGAAAGAUAAAGUUGUUCCCGGAUUGUAUGCUGCUGGUGAAGCUGCUUGUGCUUCAGUUCAUGGUGCCAACAGACUGGGCGCAAAUUCACUGCUUGAUAUAGUUGUGUUUGGUCGUGCAUGUGCAUUGGAUAUCGCUUCAAAACACAAACCCGGAGAUUCUGGUCCAGAAUUAAAUCCAGAUGCUGGAGAAGCUUCGAUCGCUAACUACGAGAAACUUAGAACAGCCAAUGGAGAGUUCCCAGUAGCACAAGUUCGAUUAGAAAUGCAACGUACAAUGCAAGAGUAUGCAGCAGUAUUCCGUGAUGGUCCAACACUACAAGCAGGCUGUAAGAAAAUGUAUGAAUUGUACACCACUCGAAUGAAUAAUUUAAAACUUAGCGAUCGAAGUAAAAUAUGGAAUAGUGAUUUAAUGGAGGCCUUAGAAUUACAAAAUUUAAUGUUGAACGCUUUACAGACUAUUGUAGGAGCUGAAGCUCGUAAAGAAUCGCGCGGUGCUCAUGCACGUGAAGAUUUUGCCAGUAGAGUAGAUGAAUAUGACUAUUCUAAACCGAUUGAAGGACAAAAAGCUAAACCAUUUGAAGAACAUUGGCGAAAACACACUUUAUCCUAUCAAGAUCCUAACACUGGUGCUGUAAAAUUACAAUAUCGUCCUGUAAUUGAUGCUACUUUAGAUGCUAAAAGCUGUCCAACUGUUCCACCAAAACUUCGUUCAUAUUAGAUUCUUGCUACUAAUUCUUUCUGGCCAUUCGAUCUUCAGUAUGGAGCCACGGAAAUCAGCUGUUGAUAAAAGUCUGUAAGCUGUUGAAAAUUCUUUUCGUGACUGACGCGCAGUGCGGAUUUCUGACCCGUAUACGUGAACUGACAGACUUCACAUUUGCGUUGAAAAUCUGAAUGUUCUUCUUUAUGCUGAGGCGGAGUACAGAAGAUUUCCAAACUGGUUGCAGAUUGAUGAAGGCGUGCGUAUCCUGCCUUCCCGAUUCUGUUUGACCUUGACAUCUUCAUCCGUGCUAUUGGCCUGCAGUCGAAACGAUGCUUCCUAGUCUGAUGAGUGAAGGUGGUAUCCUCUGUUAAAUCUCUCACUAUGAUGGUGAUUGGUGCUGGUUUUUGUUGCUAUUGAUUAGUUUUCUUCAUCUCGUUCUCUACGUUGUGGGUUACCUGACACGUGGCAGGUAUUGUCAUGUAGUCAGCUGUUGAAUGAGGUUGAUGAAGACUGGAGGCACUGCACACCGUAGUGUUAAGACAGUUUUCAAAUCGAUAUAAGUAUAAAACUUUGGCACUGUGGUAGAGUAUAACUCCAUUAUAGAUAAGAUUUUAUUUUUAUAA